AGAAAAGACACAGGGUUGCUCCUGAUGUCACCCUUUGAGGGUGACAGGCUGGUUUGGGGGAGGGCACCUGGAGGUACCGGCUUCCUCCUCUUCAGGAGCUAUAAAAGCGGGACAGUGGCUCCUGCCUCCUCAGCCCCACUGCACCGGCAGCCACACUCUGCGAGCGCCUCUACCACACUCGAGAGCGGCCGUGUCCUCCCCCUUUGGAUCCCCCCUCCAGCAGGGCCUCCUGGAAGGAGCCAAGGGAUGAAGGUGCUGAGGGCCUGGCUCCUGUGCCUGCUGAUGCUGGGCCUGGCCCUGCGCGGGGCUGCAGAUCAGACCCAUCGGCACUCCAUGGAGACCCGCAACCCUGACGUCAAUCCUGCCUGGUACACCAGUCGCAGGAUCAGGCCUGUGGGCCGCUUCGGUCGGAGGAGGGCAGCCCUGGGGGACGUCUCCAAGUCUGGCCUGCAACCCCAGCUGACCUGCUUCCCCCUGGAAGGUGGCGCUAAGUCCUCACAGGAUGGGUGGUAGCCAGCUUGUCAAGAAAAUCACCCUGGAGCCUCCCUCACCCCGCCCUUUCCUCACCCUCAUGGGCUCCUUUCCCUUCAAUCUUAAUAAAAGCUCUGGCCUCCUUUA